UUUAUAUGUGUCUAUUGAUUAUUGCGGUGCGUCCAGCGAGUUGUUCAGUGUUUGUGAGGAAGUGAGACGAGGCGGAGGCAGCAUCCCGAGCUCCCCAAGAUGACCAUUGUAACCAAACCCAAGACAGAUACGAAGCCUCUCGUCCGCCAUGACUUGGAGGGCGGGAAGUGUGUGGUGGUGGACCCAUCAGCAGCAGCAGCCAUGGAUGAGGAGGCCUGGCUGUCAUCUGCUGCCCGUUGCCGCGUCUCCACCGCCACCAGCGUGUGUGUCAGCAUCACCAUACUGCUGAUUAUAAGUAUUGGCAUCUUUGGGGGAGUCUACCUCUACCGCCAGUUCAAGGCUCAUGAGCCUCACUUCUCUAUGCAGCGCUCCCAUUUCCGCGGCUGGUGUGGCAUCCCUUAUGACCGCGAAGAGCUGCUGCAUCCAAAACUGCCUCUUGGUGGGAGUCCUGCUAUGUUCGGAGGAAGGAUCAACAUUUUUAAGGAUUCCACUUCACAGGAACAGGAAAAGGUUGAUGACAAUGUUGAGUGGUUCUCCAAGCGCAUGUUCAAGGAGGAAUUUGAACUGGACCUUGAGGGGAACGACCACGAGGAAAUUCACGUUCCCGACUUUGGCCUGCGUCGCCACAGCCGUUUCAUCCACGACUUCAAAGUGAACAAGACUGGCAUCAUCGACUUCACCUCCCGCCGUUGCUAUGUCAUGCCUCUCGACCGCAGCCACGUCCUGCCACCUCGCUCCGUGCGUGACCUCAUUGAUAAAAUGUGGAUGGGUUACUACACCGUGGACACUCAGGUGGUGCGGGAGACCAUGCAUGUGGUGGGGCCCCGCGUCAAGGACUACCAGCCCCUUGGAGUGUACAUCACCAAGUCCUGUGCCUCCUACCCCACCUACAACUUGGAGCGCCUCUACAUUCACGACGUGAAGAAGCGCAGCGUGGACCUGAUAGGGGAGGAGAGAGAGGAGCCUGUUCAAUUUGCUGAGUUUGCUGGCAAGAACAUCAUCCAUUACAUCAUUCUUGGUGCUGAGGAGGCCAGCCAGCAGUGAAGGGCCAGUGGGUGAGGAGUUCCAUGGAAGGAGAGCAGAGGGAAUCAAGUGAAGGAGUGAAGUGUUGCUUUUUCACUCUCUUUCUCACCUCCCAUGGGCUUGUGAUUCCACCUGAUACCUCCCCCGCAUAGCUUCACACACUGCUGACUGCAUGUGUGUGAGUUUGUGUGUGUGUGUGCAGAAGUGUGUGAUUUGGGGAGGCCUGGCCUGUGUGGGGGCAAGCUGGCCUCUCUUGCAUAUAUCAUCGUCAACUUUCAGGGUCAUGAUUUAUAAACUGAAGGAAACAUGAGAUACAAAUUUGCUUUUUGUCUUGUUUGUGUAGAAAACCUGGCUUUGGCUUCUUAGCUGAGUGAGAAAAUAUUGCAUUUUGUUGACAGCAGAGAGGAAUUUGUCACUGGUUAAUGACACACUGCUCAUAGAGGGGAGAGCUUCAGCAUCAGGGAAGAGGAAGAUGACCUUGCUUUUUGUAUGUAGCAGAAGCUCAGAGAGAGAGAGAGAGAGAGAGAGAGAGAGAGAGAGAUAGAGAGAGAGAGAGAGAGAAUGAUUUUCAGUUUUCUCACUUGCUUUGCUUUUUUCUAUAGUAAUAUCUUCAUAGAACACAAUACAGGGAGACAAGUUGAAGUGUUUAAUCUCAUAUUAUAUUAUGAAGCAACAUGGACACACACACACUUUAAACACUAAAAUGAAGCCAUUAGAAAUUGCUUAACCUCUCUCUCUCUCUCUCUCUCUCUCUCUCUCUCUCUCUCUCUCUCUCUCUCUCUCUCUCUCUCUCUCUCUCUCUCUGCUCAAUGUUGUGGAGAAGAGAGCACGGGUGAGUCAGGGAUGUGAGACACACUGAAAGUAUUACAGGGAUGUGUGGAAGUGUAAAUGAAAGGUUUUGUGUUUACAUUGUGUGUGUGUGUGUGUGUGUGUGUGUGUGUGUGUGUGCACAUAGAGGACACCAGACUGCUCACCUGCAUUGCUGUAUCCUGUCAGUUGUCCCUGUGGAGAUGUGGACAAUGUUCAUUCUUCACUGCCAGCUGUCAUCCACCCACAACCUAAUGCCACAUCUGUCACUUCACGUGCAGCUUAUUGCAUGGGAAGUGUGGAUGGUGUUAAGUUGUGGUUGAAGGCUUGGAGCUGAGGGGGUGCUUGGUUGAUCUCUGGUGUGGCAUGCACUGCUCUUCCCUGUUGAUGGGCUGAAGGUGUUCUGUAGCUGUUCUGUUCUUUUCAUUGUGGUUGGGGUGAGGGAGACAUUUGUUCACCUAGGUUAUUUGGAGUGGAAAUGUUAGGCACAGUCACCGGAAACCAUGUGUGAGAGAGAGAGAGAGAGAGAGAGAGAGAGAGAGAGAGAGAGAGAAAAUACCCAACAGUUAUUAGCAUGAAAGAAUGUUGAGUUGGACAGGUUUCAUUGUGUCUCCUUCACCUCCCAGCCUUCUGAACUGUGUUGCUGUGGUUCCUUUGUGAUAGCUUAAGGCCAGAUAACAAUAGCUUACUUGUUGUGUUCAGUUUACAUGGUUGUCUGUGGAGUUGUUUUAUUUUUAUUUUUAUCAAUAUUAUUAUUAUUAUCAGAAUUAGCAGUUCAUGGGUGAGAGGACUCGGGUUCAAAUUCCAGUCUGGACAGAACCAUUUUGGGUUUGUCUCCUUUGAUGCAGCAACUGCAUAUUUAGGUGAGGUAGAUAUGAUCUGUUGGUGUCUAGGUGAGGAUAGAUGUGGGAUGUUGGUGAGGAGUUGUGAAUGUGCAGUGCAGCGAGAGCAGAAGGCUAACAAUCCUGCCUUCCUGAAUGUGUGUAGUUGUACAGGGAUGGAAGGUCAACUACUGUGUCCUCCUGCUUGUGUGUGUCUUUAUGUACCUAGUUCUAUUUACAUAGUUGUGACAUAAAGGAAGAGAGCUGUGCUCAUGCUAUCCUGUCUACUGACUUAUUAUUCACUCUAGCUUAAAAAUUUUUUAUAGUCCUUUAAUGAACUUUGUCUGCACCUAAGUUAUUUCAGAUUUCUAUGCUUUGUGUGUGUGUGUGUGUGUGUGUGUGUGUGAGAGAGAGAGAGAGAGAGAGAGAGAGAGAGAGAGAGAGAGAGAGAGAGAGAGAGAGAGAGAGAGAGAGAGAGAGAGAGACUUGUCAUUGACAUCAUCAGUAGUGGAUAUCCACAUUUAUAUUAAUAUUAGUAGAAGACUACCCUAUAGAUUUGGGUGUAAGUCUGAAAUUUGUGUAUUUGGAAGUGUAAGUGUAUGUGUGUGUAUGUGUUAGGUAUUGUGUAGGAAUUCUGUGUGCACUGGACUGUGUUUUUGGUACUUGAAGUAAAACCUGCUGUCCUGGCUCAUUGAUGCACACAAGGUUGCUCUGCAUCUCACAUGUUAAGACCCUUACAUUAUCCCCCUUACAUCCCUUGCAUCAUCCUACUGUCCUCCCACCAACACACACACACACACACACACACACACACACACACACACACACACACACACACACACACACACACACACACACACACACACACACACACACACACACACACACACACACACACA